CAAGACCAACCUCGGCACACAGCAAAUAGCAUCCCUCUUGACACCAAAACAAUCUUCUAACGGGGAAUCUUUGUUCUCUUCGUUUCCCUGUAAAUACCAAGCAAAUGGGCGCUCUUCAACUCAACUCUUAUGGCCUCGCUUCUCCCUCAACCGUUGUUAAAUUCAAUCAACGCUCCACGAACACUCUGCAGCACCCCUUCAGACUCGGAGGACAGACAAUGCGAAGGAAUCGACCGCCUGGUGGAAAAAUAAGAGCUGUCGGAACCAUCCCCGAGAAGGAAUCCGAGACUGCUCCUUCGGAGGAACCGCCAUCUAUCGGUUUCGCUUUUAUCGGUAUUUUUAAUUACGGUUCUAUUUGUCAGUCCGUUUUGCUCCCAGACGGGACACCUGAUGUUCAGCUUCGGAGAGCCACGGGUGGGCAGAAACUUCGGGAUAUAAUGCUGGAUGCUAACAUCGACUUAUAUGGACCUUAUGCUCGGCCGCUGCUAAAUUGCGCUGGGGGUGGGACUUGUGCAACUUGCAUGGUAGAGGUGAUUGAAGGCAAAGAACUGCUCAGCCCUCGAACGGACAAAGAGAAUGAGAAACUUAGAAAGAAGCCUAAAAAUUGGAGACUUGCUUGUCAGACAGUGGUGGGAAAACCAGAUUCCAGAGGAAUGGUCGCGAUACAGCAAUUGCCCGAGUGGAAAGCCCAUGAAUGGAAGUACGAGAAAGGCCUUCCUACAGAGGACUUCUGAGACAUUUUUGUAUGCUUAUCGAAAUGGAGGACGAAGGAUAGAACAGCACUAUUCUUUCUUAUAGAGAUGACUAUACAAUAUAUAUAGAACGGUUGAUGAUGGCAUGAAAUCUACGAUAAUAACUACCUUUGUGCUCUGAUACCAACUGACGCAGUGGACACACGAAUAACUUGUUACAGA